CCAAAGAGAGAGAGAGAGAGGGGGACACUCUCUGAGCCUGAGCCAUUUGCAUAGUAUCAGCUGUACAAUAUCUUGCAUUAUAUUACACAAAAUACACGCUCGCUCUCUCUCUCUCUCUACUGGGGCGACUGCUACCAGGUCGACCUUUGGUCGGGUGGACUAUAAAAGAGAAGAAACCCACAACAGUCUUUUCAUUUUCCUCUCACUUAUUUCAUGGUAGGAAUGCUGAGUGACAGCGAUUGGCCAAGAAAAGUUCGUAACUUUCAGCUUCUACUUACUGUAGCUGCAAAACCCUGAAGCAGAACGAGAAAAGGAGAGGGCUCUUUUUUCCCAUUUCUUAGGCUGGUUUAUUGUAUUUUAUGGAGUUUUUGUUGAGGACAAAGAACUGGCCAAGUAGGUUUAUUUUUCUUGGGUUUUGAUGAUUAACGAUGAUGAGCUGAAAUUUGAUUCUUAUGGAGGGGGUACUUUUUUUUGUCUCUUUUUUUCUUAGUGGGCGCUUGUGAAUUUCGUGAUAUCGUUUAUGAAGUAAAAUGCGAGUGAAGAUUUGAGAUGGGGAAGACCGAAGUAGGGAGCAGUGGGCUGUUGGAGCUCAAAAUGGCCGAGUGUUUAGGGGUUCAUAUAUUAAGGAUCAGAAGUGAGGGAUUUGUUUGAGGUGGGAGUUUUAAGCGAUAAUUCUGUUUCUGCAUACACAAAUUGUAGCUUUAUCAUACUUUAGAGAUUACCAAGUGUUUGUAUUUGAGUAAGCUGUGGAUAAAAUAUGAAGCUUUCAACAUCAGGUUUGAGUCAGCAGUCUCAUGAAGGGGAGAAGAAGUGUUUGAAUUCUGAGCUAUGGCAUGCCUGUGCUGGUCCUUUGGUGUCGCUGCCAACAGUUGGGAGCCGUGUGGUUUACUUCCCUCAGGGACAUAGUGAACAGGUGGCCGCCACAACUAAUAAAGAAGUUGAUGCCCAGAUACCCAAUUACCCGAGCUUGCCACCCCAAUUGAUCUGCCAACUCCACAAUGUUACAAUGCAUGCAGAUGUUGAAACAGAUGAAGUAUAUGCUCAGAUGACAUUGCAGCCCUUGACUCCGCAAGAACAAAAAGAUGCAUACCUUCCUGUGGAGCUAGGAACUCCUAGCAGGCAGCCAACUAAUUACUUCUGUAAGACUCUGACAGCAAGUGAUACUAGCACUCAUGGAGGCUUCUCUGUUCCUCGGCGUGCUGCAGAGAAAGUUUUCCCACCUCUGGAUUUCUCUCAGACACCACCUGCACAAGAGCUUAUUGCCAGGGAUCUUCAUGAUGUCGAAUGGAAGUUUAGACAUAUUUUUCGGGGUCAGCCCAAGCGUCAUUUGCUAACCACUGGCUGGAGCGUCUUUGUUAGUGCCAAACGACUUGUUGCUGGAGAUUCUGUUCUUUUUAUCUGGAAUGAGAAAAAUCAGCUCCUUUUGGGAAUACGUCGUGCCACUAGACCACAAACUGUGAUGCCAUCAUCAGUUCUUUCAAGUGACAGUAUGCACAUCGGAUUGCUUGCUGCUGCUGCUCAUGCUGCUGCUACUAAUAGCUGCUUCACUGUUUUUUAUAACCCAAGGGCUAGUCCAUCUGAGUUUGUCAUACCUCUUUCAAAGUAUGUCAAAGCCGUAUUUCACACGCGUGUUUCAGUUGGAAUGCGUUUUCGAAUGCUGUUUGAAACUGAAGAAUCCAGUGUCCGCAGAUACAUGGGCACGGUUACUGGCAUUAGUGACUUAGAUCCUGUUCGUUGGCCCAACUCUCACUGGCGUUCUGUAAAGGUUGGUUGGGAUGAAUCAACAGCUGGUGAGAAGCAGCCAAGGGUAUCUUUAUGGGAAAUUGAGCCUUUGACAACAUUUCCCAUGUAUCCCUCAUUAUUUCCUCUCAGGCUGAAACGGCCAUGGUAUCCCGGGGCAUCAUCUUUCCAAGAUGUUAGUAAUGAAGCAAUUAAUGGCCUGGCUUGGUUGAGAAGUGGUGAGCAAGGAUUCAAUUCAGUGAACUUUCAAUCUGUAGGCAUGUUUCCAUGGAUCCAGCAGCAGAGACUUGAUCCAAUGGGCUCAAGUAAUGAUUUUGGUCAGCAGUAUCAGGCAAUGCUAGCGGGUGGACUGCAAAAUUUUGGAAGUGGAGAGUUGCCAAAACAUCAAUUAAUGCACUUCCAGCAGCCUGUUCAUUAUCUUCAACAUUCAGGCAACCAUAAUCCUGUGUCACAGCAGCAGCAAGUAGUCCAGCCAUCAGUUUCUUUGCAUAUGCUUCCUGCUCAAACCCAAAUGCUGUCAGAUAAUAUGCAGAGACCAGCAGAACAGCAAGUUGACCAUCAGUCACAAGAACAUCUACAACAACAUAAUUAUCAGGAAGCAUUUUUGAUCCAGCAUGAUAAGCUCCAACAAAGGCAGUCUUUGGAUAUUCUAUCCCCAUCAUUUACAAAAUCAGAUUUUACAAAUUCCAACAGUAACUUUUCAGCGCCCACGGCUCAGUCUUGCAUUCAAAAUAUGCUUGGUUCGAUUUGUCAUGAAGGAAAUGGUAAUCUCUUAGGUUUUUCAAGAUCUGGUCCGCAGAUCCUUACUGAGCAGCCAACCCAACAGUCCUGGGUCCCGAAAUUUGCUCAGUCACCAGUCAGUGGUUGUUCCAAUUCAAAGCCAAUUCCAUCAUAUUCUGGGAAAGAUGGUUCCAUCGAGCAGGAGACUUGUAACUUGGAUGUGCAGAAUCAAGCUCUUUUUGGUGCUAAUAUUGACUCCUCGGGUCUCUUGAUGCAUAUUGGUACUUCUUCAGUUCAUGCUGAUAUGUCCUCUAUGCCUUUAGGAGCAUCAGGGCAUCAGAGUCCUCUGUAUGGCUAUGUGCAAGAUUCUUCUGAUGUGUUGCACAGUACAGGACAAGUGGACCAAUCAACUCCAGACCAUACCUUUGUCAAGGUCUAUAAAACAGGUUCGGUUGGAAGGUCACUGGACAUCGGCCGGUUCAAUAGCUAUCAGGAGCUGCGACAGGAAUUGGGUCAGAUGUUCGGGAUCAAAGGGUUGCUUGAAGACCCUCAAAGAUCAGGCUGGCAGCUUGUAUUUGUUGACAGGGAGAAUGAUGUGCUUCUCCUUGGAGACGACCCAUGGGAGGCAUUUGUGAAUAAUGUCUGGUAUAUCAAGAUCCUCUCUCCUGAGGAUGUGCUAAGACUGGGGAAAGACGAAGCUGAAUCCUUGAGUAGAAGUGCAGUUGAAAGGAUACCCAACGACGACACCCAAAACCCAGUCUGCGGACUACCAUCUCUCGGAUCUCUUGAAUACUGAGCAAAACUGAUGCUUUUCUUUUGUGGUUCUAACUCUUUCUCAUAAAGUUCCUAGAAAUUGCUCGUCUAUGUGUGUUGUAAGUGGAUCCAUAGAAUAUAUCCAUUCAGUUCAUGUUGCUUGAUCGGAGUCCUGUUUGACAUCAUAGGACAAGGUGCAUUGUAACGACUGUCCGUUUGAUGAACGCUGACGUGAAGAUCAUGAAUCUGCACAUCAGGCUUUAAGAACCAGGAACUCUUAAGCUAGAUUUGAUACCUUGCUGUACUGUAAGCAAUUGGUUAUUUCUACCUGAAGUUGUUGCCUUAAUGAGCUACUGUUUU